AUGAUCGCUCGAGCUAAUGGGUAUAUUCGGACGAGGAGAUCUGCACGAUGUCCUAACGAGCAGGCCGAGAGCAUUCUGGGAAAGGACUGCUACAGCACCGGUAAAGAUAACUUGAAGACGCAACGAUCCUCAAACGCGAGAUAUUGUCUCGGUUUACGGAUUGUCGGAAGACUUAGCCAAGAGAGCGGGCAUCACGCUGAGAAUCGUGUGCCUGCCACGCAGCAAGCGGCAAUGGAAGAUGCCACGUUAGAACACUCCUAUUGCGUUGACGUCAUGCGUGCUCGACUGUAUAACGAGAAGCACCUUCAAGCGCCAUUCGAGGAUGCAAGAUUGUACGAGGCUAAGGACACCCCUAAUGACGCACGAGCGUUUGAAGUUAUGUAUGCUCUUUGUUUGGUGGCCCGCUGUUCGCCACUUGGAACACAGUGCCGCCGUGCCCCGGCGGUAGGCCUAGACUUCACGGCUGCACCAACGCCAUUCGCGGACCAUGGAAUGAUAUACAACAGGGGCAGUAGCAGGAACACGCAGCUACGAUAUUUUGCCAGUGGGAGCGUGUGCACGGGCACGGGGAUUCAGAAUGCCUGGCGAGAGAAAAAAACCGGUGUUGGCGAGUGGGGAGCGGAUUACCCAAGUAUGAGCCGCUCGAAUUAUCGGUUAUCGAGUUUUGGAGUUGAUCAAUGA